UUCUUAAAUAUUUCUUUUUCCCCAAAACCAAACCCUAGAACACAAAUCCAAUUUAACUCAAAUCCGAAAAAUUCUUUCGAUUCCUUCAAGGGAACAAUCCAAUUUGCGAUCGGCGACUUCAUAAGUUGAAGCAUUUCUUCAAUUUUCAGAAAAACGUUAUCGGGUUUGAGCUGAGUUACAAAUCAUGAGGUUUAAAAGGGGAAGCAAAGUUGAGGUAAUGAACAUGAAGCAGUCACCUGCAUUGCAGCGUCGUGCAGAGAUUCUCUCUGAUAAUGAGCAUAUGUACACUGUAAGGUAUGAUUACUAUCCUGGAAUGGAAAGUAAGGGGAGGACUGAGAGGGUGUCAAGAAAGAAUAUCAGAUCUUGUACACCAUGUGUGGAGGGUUUGGAAAAUCAGGAAACUGGUCAGGUUGUGGAGGUAUUUGACGAAUCAUCUUGGAAGAUGGCUACAAUUGUGAAGGUUCUGGAUAGUGACUACUAUUUGGUACGCCAGACUGGAUGCCUGAAGGAGCUUUGUGUGCACAGAUCAAACACGAGAGUGGUACAAUGUUGGCAAGAUGAGGAACGGGACUUGAUAAGGAAGGGAUCUGAACUGUGUAGAAGAUCUGACCAACUAUCAGCUUUAAAACCUUCUAAAAAGGUGAGCAAGGUCCUAUCUUUUAGUGCAAGGAGUAGAUUUCAUGCUGGGGAUGAUCAUUUAGCUUCUCAGGAGUGUACUGAGUUGCGGAAGUCUCAUAUUAGCUCUUCGUUAUUGCUGAAUAGGGUAUCCCAAGUUGCCUUCUCUAAAAAUGAAACAUCUAGAAACAUUCAGGAUUUAGCGGCAACUGAGAGAGCUUUUAAGAGACGGAGGGUGGUCCCAGCUGCCUUAAAGGGACAGGUCAAUGUUAAUGCCAAGUGCAAAGAGAAUAUAAUGGCUGAGAAGUAUGUGCAUGACUCAUUGAACGAUGCAUCUGAUGGAUAUUGUGCAUUGGAGCAAACCAAAAGAAGUGAUUCUGUUGGCUAUUUCCUUACCAGAAGUACAGAAUCUAGUGAUGCCUGUUCCGUUGGUAGCUGUAGUAUCAACGAAAAAAUUUCCAACUUAUCCCCAGAAGAAGUCUAUUGUCAAGGAACUGAGCUUCUUUGCAGUGAUGCAGAGUCUUUUUAUGAUUCUGCAGAUAAGGAGGAAAGACACUCUCUUUCUUCACCAGUGAAAAUAGCAGCAAGUAUUCAUAGUUUGGAGUUACAUGCUUAUCGCUGCACUUUAGAGGCAUUGUAUGCGUCCGGUCCUUUAAGUUGGGACCAAGAAGCAUUGUUAACUAAUCUUCGCAUCUCGCUCCAUAUUUCAAAUGAUGAACAUUUAGCAGAGCUGAAGACUUUAAUUUCUGCUGGAACUGGUACUCAUGGCAACAGUUGGAUGUAUACAUCCUUUGCCUCCAAAAGUCAAAAGAUGAUGCUUGCAUUUGCAGCACCUCUCGUGGCAUUAUAUGGAGGACUCCUACAACAACUGUCCACAGAUAAGACAAUUCAUGGCUUUUGUUGUUAUUACUAUAAAGCUUCAUGAUUUGUUUUGUCUAGAUAACUUCAACAUUGGCAUGUUUUUUCCUGAAAAGUAAAGCAAUCAAAUGCAACUAUUUGUGUAUAAGGUCUUAUAAUAUCCUGUAUCUAUGUUUAUGGAUCCUCUGAUUGCAUAUUGUACAUACAGAAAGAAUUGUUUCCUUUUUAUCAACGGAGUUUUUUCUUGAGCCGAGGGUCUAUCAGAAACAACCUUUCUACCUCCGAGGUAGGGGUAAGGCUUCCGUACACUCUACCCUCCCAACACUCCACUUUGUGGGAUUACAUUGGGUAUGUUGUAGUCUUUUUAUCAACUGAGCAGGAAAAGACAUUUACAUUUAGUUGGAGAAUCUCGAGGUAUUCCAGAUGAAUAUAAAUCAAAGGCACACUAAAAUGAAAAUGUGUAAUCAAAUUAUUGGGUUCUCUCUCUUAGCAAUUAUACCAGAGUUUUUGGUUGCUAAUUCCAUGGUAAAGAUUAAUCUAUGAAAGUGUAUGCCUCUUGUGACAGCUCUAAACUGUUAUUCUUGUCUCUAAGUAUCAUUUCUUAAUGAUUCAUUGUGCUCUUAAUCAACGUCUUUGUAACUAAACAUUGACAAAUGUAAUAUAGCAACUGCAAAGUUGAUUGACACUUUGUCAUUCUGAGAUAUAUCAACAUUAACCUUGAUUCCUUCCAAAUCUUGUAUUUCCCUCAAUGAGGACGUUGUUUCCUUAAUUUCUGCUGUCUUGAGUGCUAGCUUUUUGAUAACUACAAACCGAGAUUUCAAAUUAUCAAAAUAAGUGUGUUUGUUGUUUGAUCUUUUUUUUUCUUAUGGGAGGGUGCUUCCAUGCAAGAGGUUUGGAUUUUUACCGAGAACUAAUGUGAUCUUUACGCUCUAUUACUCAUCCUUUGUUGGAACUUCAUUACUUUUUGUGAGAAAAACAUGUGUAGCUCUGGGAGGUUGAAAGUCAUGCUUGUGGUCUUCAGAAGGACUAAAGUACACAUGGUUCAUCAGUUCUUGAAGAUGCUGUUGCAGGAUUUGGUAAAAUUGUGGUUUUACCAUCAUGAGGGCUUUGUAGAGGGUGGAUUGAAGAUGCAAUGGGAGGCAUUUGUUGUGUGGUAAUGAG